UUUUUUCAUUUUUUUAUUAAAAAAAUUUAAGUAUUUAUUUAUAUAUUUAUUAUAAUCUUAAAUAUCACAUUUCAAAAACCCCAUCUCUGAUCUAAACUCUAAAUCUAGAUUAGUUAACCCUAGGAGUAUAAGUGUCUUUUACCAUUCAUUAAAAGUGGGGGUAAAAGUGGUUAGUGUAAACAUGAAAAAUGAUACUAUUAAUGUGAUAUUUGUGGCAAUUUCUCAAAAGACAAUAUACUCUUUUUUAUCAUGUUAUCAAAGUUUGCAAACAAUUCUCAUCUAUAAUUCUAUCUAUGUUUUCAAAAGUACAAAAUGUAUUUCAGUUUUAAUAAUAUAGAUAAGUUUGAUGCUUAAAUCUCUUAUUUUAAGACUUUUUAUUAUUUUGUAUCUUAAAAAAAAGAGAAACUAUAAUAAAAUAAACUUUUCAUUUUCAUUAAUGUAUUAUUUUAUCACAAAAAUAACGUAAAACCUUCGACUGUGCGCAAUUGAUGUAUGUGAGUUGAAACUUCUAUAACUUGUGACAGUAAAUUUUCUACGGACUUCGGUACUACCAAAUAUGAACAAAAUCUAGAAACUAACAUGAGCAGACGUUGCAAUGAAAUGGAUGGAUGUACGAAGGUGUGAACAACUGUACGUACUUGUGCGAUGACGACUUAGUAGCACAAAAUUAGAUACUGAUAUCAUAUAACUUUUUUUUUUCGAACAAAUAAAGAGAUCAUAUAACUUUACAGUUAGGCCACUCCAUCUUUGUGCAUUUCCAAGUGGGAGAGUAUAAUACAUAUUAGCAGAAUACAUAUAUUAUAUAUUAAUUCACCACUUAAAAUGAUUUAAAAAGCUUUGACAAGUUAAAUAGUAAUACAUAUAACAUAUAAGAGUACCCCUAUGAUCUCUAUAUAUGUAACACCAUAAACUGCAUUGCUCAGCAAACAAAACCAAAACAUUUCUUGACCAAAACAUUAUUUUGAUCUCGUCGUUGGGGUUAGUAACAUGGCGCCAAAGGUAGAAGCAGGGAAGCUAGAGUGGAGGAUAAGUGUUGACAAUGGGACAACCGAGAGAUUGGUUCCAACAUAUGGACCUAGUAAAAGGAUCUUUCUUUGGCUAAAGGGUUUUGUAAUGAAGGUUAUCCUGGAGCGAAUCGCAAAGUCUAUGAGGAACAUUUGGAGGAUUGGGGCAGAUGAUCCUGCAAAAGUUGUUCACUGUUUGAAAGUAGGACUAGCACUUUCAUUGGUCUCAAUAUUCUAUUACAUGAGACCUUUGUAUGAUGGAGUUGGAGGAAAUGCUAUGUGGGCUAUCAUGACUGUAGUAGUCGUCUUUGAGUCCACUGUUGGAGCAACAUUCUCCAAAUGUGUGAACAGAGUGGUGGCAACUAUAUUAGCUGGAACACUAGGCAUUGCUGUUCAUUGGGUUGCAACUCGAUCAGGAAAAGCUGAGAUUUUUGUGACUGCAUGCUCUGUUUUCCUAUUUGCCUUCACAGCUACUUACUCGCGGUUUGUUCCAUCAUUCAAAUCCAGAUUCGACUACGGAGCGAUAAUCUUUAUCCUCACAUUUAGCCUAGUCUCAGUCGGAGGUUACCGAGUAGAUAAGCUGUUUGAUAUGGCUCAGCAAAGAGCAUCAACUAUUGCAAUUGGAACAUCUAUCUGCAUUGUCAUUACUGUCUUCUUAUGUCCCAUAUGGGCAGGAUCUCAGCUUAACCGCCUUGUUCAAUGUAAUUUUGUCAAACUUGCUGACUCAUUAGACGGCUGUGUAGCAGAGUACUUCAAGAAGAAGGACGUCUCAACGAAUGAGAAUGAAGAUGAAGAAACUAACAAGAAGUUGCAAGGAUUCAAAUGUGUACUUAACUCUAAGGGAACAGAGGAAGCCAUGGCAAAUCUAGCUAGAUGGGAACCUGCACAUGGAAGCUUUAACUUCCGGCAUCCAUGGCAACAAUAUGUAAAGAUAGGCGCUGCUAUGAGGAGAUGUGCUUAUUGCCUCGAGAAUCUUAGUAUCUGCACGAACUAUGAAACAGAGGCACCAGACCAGGUCAAGAAUCAUUUCGGAGAAGCUUGUAUGAGUCUGAGCUCAGCUUCUUCAAAAAUCUUGAGAGAGUUAGCGGAUAUGAUCAAGAACACGAGAAAAUCUUCGAAGAUGGAUUACCUGGUGUUUGAUAUGAACUCAGCAGUUCAAGAGCUUCAUGAAACCUUAAAAACUGUUCCCAUAGAAACCAACAGACCUGAAGAAGAUGUUAAAUCUGAAAAGGACGAGGAAGGAGACAGAACCAUGGCGAUGAGCCUACAUGAAAUCCUUCCAGUUGCCACUUUGGUUUCGCUGUUGAUCGAAAACGCAGCUAGGAUUCAAACAACCGUCGAAGCAGUGGAUGAACUGGCAAAUCUUGCAGAUUUCAAACAAGAUUCAAAGAAGAAAACAGGAGGCAACAACGCUAAACAAACACCACUAAGUUCCUAAAUUACUUUCAUAUUACACAUUGAAACCGGAGUUUUCAUGUAUAUAUAAAAACCUAUUAGUAUAUGACUUUGCUUUGUUCUGUAACCGAAGGUUUAUUCGGCAUGGUUUUUAAGGCCAAAAAAGAAAGUUAUGGAACUAAACAAUUACAACGUUUAAGAGUCCAUCCACAAUGAAACAAAAACAAAUGUCACCAUAGAAAACAAGAAUGCGAUUAUAGAUAAAACACACAAAAGUAAACUUUGACUUUGUUGAUGUAAUCUUAGUUACAAUCUUUGGUUGUUUCGUUAAGUAACCCAGACAAGUUUUGUAACAACAAGUUCAUUACAGAUUCUCUCAAAUUCCAAUAAGACAUCAAACAAAAUCCCAGAUUUGCCUCUUGUAAC